AUGGCGGUCGGUCGUGCUCUCUGCGUGGCUUUGCCACUGCUGUUAACAAUCGCCUCACUCGCCGCGCUUCUCUACGCCACCCUCGCCGGUGUCGCCCACCGCAACACCUUCAUGUUCAAGCUCGACACCACCAACCUGACGCUCGACAGAGCCGGCAUCGAGAGCAUCGCAAAGGGCGCCGGCGUCGAUGUCAGCAGUAUCGGAAAGGAUCUUGGCAUCGACAUUGACGGUCUGCUCAACAAGGCCACCGGCGGCCAAAACAUCACGGCCAAGGAGCUGAACCUCGACUACGUCUUCGAGGUCGAUCUCUGGGGCUUCUGCUACACAAAGGACAACAAGCGCAACUGCACCAAGGCCGAGUUCGACUGGGCCUCCAGCGCUCUCAAUGACACCUACCUCAAAAGCUUUGGCACCCAGGCUGGCGUCUCCAUUCCCCUACCCAAGGACAUCCAGGAGCCCAUCAAGGCCUUCCGCACCAUCAUGAAGGUGACCGAGAUUGCCUUCAUCGCUGCCAACAUCAUGCUCGGUGUCGAACUGCUCAUCGGUAUCCUCGCAAGCUGCUCGCGUUUUGUUUCCUGCGUCACCUGGCUCAUCGCCUGCAUUACUACCACGAUUGUGUUUGCUGCGGCUGCCUUGGCCACGGGGACAUCAGCGACUGUCGUCGGCGCCGUUGAGGCCACGGCCAAGGUCUACGGCGUCAGGGGCGGCAUCCAGACCAGCUUUCUGGCUGCUGUCUGGAUCUCUGCAGCCUUUGCUCUCGGUGCCAGCCUCUUCUGGGUCUUUACCAUUUGCUGCUGCAAGCCCGACCGCGCUCGCAGCGCUCGCAACCGCGAUAGCUAUGGCGAUGGCGAGAAGCUCAUGCCCUCGCGCGGCUACGCCCCUCUUGGAAGCCAGCAACACGAAAUGACUGGCUUGCAGCAGCAGCAACCUCAGCAUCACACUGGCUACAACAAUGGCGCUUACUACAACGGCCAGCCAGCUCGCUACCCUGCCGGCAACGGCCGCUCCGACCUGGCCUACGAGCCCUACUCGCAUCGCGCAUAA